ACCAAAAACAAAACGACUCCAACACCGAUGCAAGGGUUGGUGUCGGCGAGAACAUGUCGCAGUCCGGAGCAAAGAUACUGUCCGCCUUUCUCAUUUCUCUAACCGCGGCGACAUAUUUUGACGAGUACGGCUGCGCUACAAGCCCGUCUAUUGUCAACACCAGCUACAUAACAUCUGACAUUAUGGUAGAGUUCACAACAGAUGCGGUCGACAAAGAGUACAUUGUGUCAUUCAAGGGUUAUUACAAGGCUACGACUAGACAGAGAUACAUAACGUCUGCGUUGAGGGAUGCACAGAAGGUGUCGUGGAGGUUAAUCUCGCGUAGCAAUCCGGCCAAGGACUAUCCUAGUGAUUUCUCACUGAUUCAGAUGGGAAAUAAUGCAGAGAUUGGACGUGUCGCAUUGGAAAAGCAUCGUCUAGUCAAAUGCGUAACACCACAGCGGAAAGUAACAAGAACGCUGAAGUCUCGAGAGCAUCGACCGUUUCAAGUUCCAUGCAGAGAAGGUGACAGGCAGUGUUGGUCGAUGAACUGGAAAUCAAGACGUAUGGCCCGACAUCAAGACCCAUUGCCCGAUUCAGAAAGUUUUUCGAUGCGGCAACUAUUGAGAGCCGUUCCUUCGCAGGUUACGUCAGCUCUGCAGGCGGAAGUUUUAUGGGAAAUGGGAUUUUCUGGAAAGGGCGUCAAGGUCGCCAUAUUUGACACCGGCCUUCCAAAGAGUCACAAACAUUUUAAGAAAGUGAAAGAACGAACGAAUUGGACGGAAGAGAAGACCCUAGACGACGGUCUUGGUCAUGGGACGUUUGUUACUGGUGUCAUUGCCAGCGAUGAGGAGUGUCUCGGAUUCGUUCCCGACGCCGACUUGCACAUAUUCCGCGUCUUUACAAACAGCCAGGUGUCAUACACGUCCUGGUUUCUUGACGCGUUCAAUUACGCAAUCUUGAAGAAAGUGAACGUCUUGAAUCUGAGCAUUGGAGGACCGGAUUUCAUGGAUCAACCUUUUGUCGACAAGGUGUGGGAGCUGACCGCAAACAAAGUGAUAAUGAUUUCGGCCAUUGGGAAUGAUGGACCUCUUUACGGGACGUUGAACAAUCCUGCUGAUCAGAUGGACGUGAUCGGCGUCGGCGGCAUUAAUUAUGACGAUAAAAUAGCACGAUUCUCAUCGAGAGGAAUGACAACUUGGGAGCUGCCAGCCGGGUAUGGACGCAUAAAGCCCGACAUCGUUACAUACGGAUCUGCAGUCCGUGGCUCAAGCCUCAAGGGUGGCUGCCGAUCGUUGUCGGGCACGAGUGUUGCAUCACCGGUCGUAGCGGGAGCCGUUGCCUUACUCUACAGUGCUGUGUCUCAUCGCUGGGAUGUAGUCAAUCCUGCCAGCAUGAAACAGUCUCUCAUGGCAUCGGCACAGCGACUGCCGGGAGUUAACAUGUUUGAGCAAGGGCAUGGAAAAUUAGACUUGCUGAGAGCAUACCAUGUGCUGAACACUUACAAGCCACAAGCAAGCUUGAGUCCUAGUUAUAUCGAUCUGACCGAGUGCCCGUACAUGUGGCCAUUCUGUUCACAACCGAUUUAUGUGGGAGCGAUGCCAAUUGUUGUUAAUGUCACUAUUCUUAAUGGCAUGGGAGUGAGAGGGCAUAUCGAUGAGAAGCCGCAGUGGCAUCCUUAUAAGCCACAGAAUGGGCAUCACUUGGAUAUUGCUUUCAGCUACUCAUCUGUGUUGUGGCCGUGGUCUGGCUACUUGGCCGUAUACAUUGCAGUCGCCAAAACUGCAGGCAACUUUCAUGGCAUUGCUCAAGGUCACAUAUCACUUACAGUCGUGUCACCACCACAGAUUGGUGAAGAAGAGGAGCGCAUGUCGCUCGUGAAGCUUCCGAUUCGAGUAAAAAUCAUCCCAACACCACCGAGAAGUAAGCGAAUCCUUUGGGAUCAAUAUCACAAUUUGCGUUACCCACCCGGAUACUUUCCUCGAGACAACCUGCGUAUGAAGAAUGAUCCAUUGGACUGGAAUGCUGAUCAUAUUCACACGAAUUUUCGAGACAUGUACUUACACUUGAGAAACAAAGGUUAUUAUGUUGAGGUAUUGGGGGCACCGUACACUUGCUUUGAUGCAUCACAAUAUGGUACGUUGUUGCUGGUGGACAGUGAAGAGGAAUUUUUUAGUGAAGAGAUUACCAAGUUGAAACGAGACGUCAAUGAGUUGGGGCUUUCAGUUCUUGUUGCUGCAGACUGGUACAAUGUGCAAGUUAUGCAGAAGAUCAAGUUUUAUGAUGAAAACACACGUCAAUGGUGGAUGCCCGACACUGGUGGCUCAAACGUGCCAGCUCUAAACGCUCUAUUGUCCCAAUGGUCAAUAGCCCUCAGUAACCAAGUGUUUGAAGGAGAGUUUUCACUGGCAGAACAUUCUGUUUACUAUGCCUCGGGUACCAGUAUUGCCAAGUUUCCACGUGAUGGACUUGUUCUAGUGAAAGACUUGCAUGAUCAAGAUCACGAAGUUCUAAACGGAGCCAUCAAGGACGCCAAAGCCGUUCCCAUCAUGGGACUAUACCAGGCCCUUAGUGCCGGUGGUCGUAUCGCAUUGUAUGGUGACUCAAACUGUUUGGAUAGCAGCCACAUGCAGAGAGAUUGUUUCUGGCUUCUCGAUGCGAUGCUUCAGUACACAGCCCACGGAUCCAUUCCGUCUGCACUGAUUGCAUCGAUGAAGAGCCAACACAAGCUGUUCAUACAACCUGACUCUAGUCUACCCGAGAGGAUGGAAGGAAGUCACUUGAGUCGAUACAGCAAAGUGUUGGAGUCGACUCUUGGUGAAUACCGAGUGCGACCGUUACCCCCAUGUCAACAGUUGUCAUGGGCUACUCCCAAACCAUUGAACGUGUCCGCUCCAAGCAACCUCUACCAACAGCAGAAGUUGUUGUCCAUCAGUUUCGAUGUCAACCCAGGCCGCAUUCAGCAACCGAUGCUCGACUCCCAAGGAAUGUGGGAUCAGAUGUUAGUUGUGAGUCACAGAAGCACACAAGUGGCGACGGCGCUACCGUUUAUUGCAAUGUCGGCCUUCCUUCUCAUUGUCGGAUUUUGUGUGUAUCAUGUGAGGUUGAUACGAGGUAAACCUCGGAAAAGGCGGACUGUGAAAGGUGGCGCUCCAAGACGAACGUUUACUAAACAUCCAGUCGUUUAAUAGAUCGUGAUUAUAUAUUAUUAACUAUCAUUACCAUUGUUAAUGAAAUAAAUAUAUUUAAGUGUUAUUCUCGAUUUCAAAUUGGUUACA